AGUGUUACGAAGGGUUAACACAACUUCAUUACAUCACCGGCUAAACACAAUACGAGCGGCCAUCUUUACCAACAGCAACAACUGAUACUUCAGUGAAGAAAGAAAAUAAAUGUUCUGCCGGAAUUUCAUUGUAUUCUUGAUGUGUCAUUCAAGGGAACACGUUUAAUUUGGAAGCCAAGAAACGAGGCACCAUGACCUAGUGAUCUUCAUCUGGAGCACUGCAGCACAAAGCGUCCUCUCCUUUGACAGGCUGCAGUCCGAGAUUCCCGCCAGUCGUCUAUACUGCCCUAGUUUUCAGGGAGAGACCCUUGCCUCUUCCCUUCAGGAGAUAUGGAGCCUCAUGAGAGUCUGGGAGUGAAGGGCGACUCGGGAGUGAUGGGGGUGCUGGUGCCGAGCCCACGGAGUGAAGCGGUGACCCAUGACCUAGAGGAAUUGUCUCUCCAGCCCACUCAGAGCCUUCCACCCAUUAAAGAGCGCAAGAACGUGCUACAGUUGAGACUACAGCAGAGGCGCACACGCGAGCAGCUCGCAGACCAGGGCAUCAUGCCACCGCUGAAGACACCUGCAGUUUUUCAUGAGCAGGUCAGAAGUUUGGAGAGGGCAAGGACUGAGAAUUUCCUGAAACACAAAAUCCGUAGCAGACCUGACCGUGCUGAACUUGUUCGUAUGCACAUUUUACAAGAAACCCAUGCAGAGCCUUCUUUGCAAGCCACUCAGAUGAAACUAAAGAGGGCACGUCUAGCAGAUGAUCUCAAUGAGAAGAUUGCACAGAGGCCGGGACCAAUGGAACUGGUGGAGAAGAACAUUCUGCCAGUUGAGAUUGUUGGUGAACUGGAUGUUUAUAACUUCAAUGAGGACAGCAGUGAAGCUCUGUCUCCAGAGCAGCCGGCUAGUCAUGAGUCUCAGGGCUCUGCAUCUUCUCCUAUAGAAGCCAGACUGCCUGAUCCAUCCGCCGUAUCGCCUCCGGUCGGCUCCAAACUCCAGUGCACAGACUUGCUGAGCAAAACAUCAGUAGAAGAUGGUCGAGUAAUGCCUGCCACUCAGCUAGUCACUGCUGCUGCUCCCACAAAGCCAGGACCCACCCUUGUGAAGCAAAGCCAGCCCAAACAGUCCAGUGACAAGAGUCGAAGCAAGAAGAGUAAAGAACCCAAACCGCGGAUUAAGAAGCUUAAGUAUCACCAGUACAUCCCGCCUGACCAAAAGCAGGAACCCAAUGAAGCCCCGAUGGACUCUGCAUAUGCCAGGCUUCUUCAACAACAGCAGCAGUUCCUGCAGCUCCAGAUUCUCAGCCAACAACAACAGCAUUACAACUACCAGACCAUAUUACCAGCACCACUCAAGCCAGUAGCUGAGUGUCAGAACAGCUGCCCCAACAUCACCCUGAGCACCAGCCCAAGUCUUCCCUCUCCCAUCAUGGUGUCUCUGUCUAGUGCGGCUCCAUCACGUCCCAACAACACUGUGACCAGUCGUAAAACCGGGUCUCUGCCUGCCAACUUAGAUGAGAUGAAGGUGGCUGAGCUUAAGAUGGAGUUGAAAUUGCGUGGACUUCCUGUGUCCGGCACUAAGACAGACCUCAUAGAAAGGCUUAAGGCCCACCAGGAGAGCUCUCAGCCUGCUACAACCAUGGAUUCAAACAUGUCCAAAACUGCUUUGCAGCCCGAAAGCAUGAGCACAACUCCACCUGUGUCUCCUGAGAGGUCCGAGGCCUCCAACAUCAGUAUGGAGGACAGCAGAGACAGUCCCACCAAAGCUCUAUGCACUUUGUCUCCAGCCCACCCUCCGACAGGCACCUCACCCCUCAAACCCACUCCUGAAGACAUGACCAUGGACAUCAAGGUGUCAGAAAAAGACCAGCGCCUCCAUGAGAAGGAGCGUCAGAUUGAGGAGCUGAUGCGUAAGCUGGAGCAGGAGCAGCGGCUGGUGGAGGAGCUGAAGAUGCAGCUGGAGGUGGAGAAAAGGAGUCAGCAAGGUGGAGGGCAGCAGCCUGAACCCAAUCAAUUAGUCCAGGUCAAAGUGGAGAACGGCGCCGCCCCUAGCUGCAACUCCGAGCGGAGUCCCCUGCCGCAAACUACAGGUGUGAAACAGGAAGAGCCUCAUGGCCAGAUGCACCACACCCCAGUCCAGCAGUUCUAUAUCAACACCCAGCAAGUCCCUCAAGUGCUGCAUCAGCAGACUCUGAUCAACACUCAGCCUGCCACACAAAUUCUGUUGCCUAUCAGCCUGCCCAGCAACCCCGUCAGCACACAGGCGCAGAACGUUCUCCAAACAACAAUGCCCAGUUUGGCUCAAAGCAUCAUACAAACGCCACUUCUGCAAACACAGACGUCCAAUAAUACAAUGUUACAACAGCAUUCAAAUCAGACACCAUCUCCACCUCAGGCUUUACCCCUGUGUGGAAGCUCACCUUCUGGGUUUGAGUACAGGCAGAACCAGAACCAGCCAUGGCCAGACAUGCCCCAGUGCUUCCUCAACAACUCGCCUAGAGUCUCGCCCAGACACACAACCCCAAAUGGACCCAUGAACAAACCUCCAUCGCCUUGUCAGCUCAACUAUAUCCUUCAGCCAUCAACGUUUCCCGAUCACCUCAGCCCAAAGAGCAAAGACCCACCCCGCUACGAGGAGGCCGUCAAACAGACCAGAGGUCUACAAGCCACGAUGCAGGUUCCAACUGCCACCAGUCAGCACAUGGACGAUUUAUUUGACAUUUUGAUUGAGAGUGGAGAAAUAUCCCCUCUGGCCAGGCAUGAUCCUUCUCUCGAUAAACUUCUGCCAGUGACAGUAAACAUCACCACCCUGCCGAUCAACACUGUGCUGUCACGUCCUCCCCCACAGAUACAUGUUGCCCGCACGCCCAAUCAGACCCAAGCGCCUCCACCCAGCCAGGUGGCCCUGGCCUCCGAUAACCAGUUGGAGGCCCUGCUGGAGGACGCUGAGCCGCAGACCCAGAGACUGAUGGAGGAGUUCAAACACCAGCUGCUGGAGCGGCCUCACUCCCCAAUGGACACUUCAGAUCUGACCUUCUCUGACACACCGCCCUCCACUCUCCAUCUACAAGACACCGGCCUUGAUAACAUGGAGUGGUUGGACCUUACGAUCCCUGGUCCUGCUGGGAUCUCCUCUCCGACAGUCUUUUCAUCUGAUUUCUUGGACUCGACUGAUCUACAGUUGCACUGGGACUGAGCUCACAAAGUGAUCAAGAUAGGAGACGUUCUGAAAAGAUCUGUUGACCCUGAGGGACCACUAAACAGAUGUGCGUUGCGCAGUCAGACUGUUGUAGAGCACAGUAGUUCAGACUUCUUGGCAUCUGUGGAUCUGGAGUGAUACUCUGAGCAAUCUAAACAGAUGUGACCAUUGAUAGCUUAGCAUCAGCUUCUCUCAUUUGUGCCUACAAGUGCAGGUUUGUUUGCUGUUAUUGUCACCAACACCUUUCAAGGCAGAAAAAGAAUGUAGAGACACUUUUUUUCACCUAUAUAUUUAGGCAGUGACCUUCUGCUCUUUCUUAUUUUGAAGCAGUCUUUGAAACUGCUGGCCUAUAUUAUAUAGAAUGAUAGAAUGUUGUUUUUUUAGAUUGUGAUAAGUAUAAUUUCAUUGAAUUGAGUAUAUUUUAGAUUCAUUUCACAUAUUUUGGGGAAAGUAAGAAUUAUACACAGUCAUUGUGCCUUUGCUGUUUACGUAGUCCAGAUACUCUCUAGUUUUAGAAUUGAAGGGGAUUGUUCAUCCAAAUCUAUUAUUCUCACCCUCAUGUCUUUCUGAACUUGUAUCUUUUUGGUGUGGAAGCUGUUUGGUCCAUAAAAAGUCAGUGAGUUACAAAAUUUUCAAGCUAUAAAAAGGACAUAACGGUAGCGUAAAAUCCAUGCGACUUGAUUAGUAUAAUCCAAAGUGGCAGCAUCACUUUGUAUGAUGAACUGAUUGACUAUUAAGUCUUCACUUCACAUUUAUCAAUGUAUGCAUAUAAAGACUGCAUUGAAUACGGCAUAAAGAACCUUAAAGUUGGCAUUAAAUUAAAAUUCGCCCUAUUUUCUAAAUUCAUUAUAGAUCUUUUUCUGAACAAUACGUCCAUUGUGAAUGUUUAAUUUUUUACAUUUUUUUGACCUAGUAAUUUUUAUUCAAAAAACCCUACAUUUUCUUCUUUUUCUGUUAUCUGUUUCACUCUGAUGUAUGUUACAAUAUGGAAGAAAAGAUCUGUCGCUACUUCAAUUUUAUUGUGACUUUAGACGUCAAAUCUCGCACUUCACAUGACCAAACAACAUAACGACUUACAUUUCGAUCUGUACAUCAAACAAAGUGAUUGAUAUGGAUUAAUUUCACCUUACCUUUAUGUUCCUUUUUUGAGCCUGAACGUUUAAAAACAAAUCUGAAUAACUUAAAGGAUUAGUUCACUUUCAAAUGAAAAUUAGCCCAAGCUUUACUCACCCUCAAGCCAUCCUAGGUGUAUAUGACUUUCUUCUUUCUGAUGAACACAAUCAGAGAAAUAUUAAUAAAUAUCCUGACGCAUCCGAGCUUUAUAAUGGCAGUAAUCAACGAGUAUGAGCUGAAGAAAGUGUCUCCAUCCACAUCCAUCCAUCAUAAAUGUGUUCUCCACACGGCUCCGGGGGGUUAAUAAAGUCCUUCUGAAGCAAAGCGAUGCAUUUGUGUAAAAAAAUAUCCAUAUUUAACAAGUUAUGAAGUAAAAUAUCUAGCUUCCGCCAGACCGCCUUCCGUAUUCAAGUUACGAAGAAAGUGUAAACCUCUUCAAGUUCGAAGAAAGUGUAAAACAGUUCAAGAAGCUUACGCUACGUCCUACGCCUUCCCUAUUCAACUUAUGGAAAAAGUGUAACUGACGUGACGCCAGUUUACACUUUCUUCGUAACUUGAAUACGGAAGGUGAACUAAUCCUUUAAAAAUAUUUACAAAAACAGCUGAAACAUUCUUCAAAAUGUCUUUGCAAGUUUGUAACAACAUGAAGGUGAGUAAAUGAUUUUUGGGUGAACAAUCCCUUUUAACACAGAGUUUGCAUAUGUUAGACAUAUUUGAUGAAAACAUUGUGCCAUGGUAAUUGUUCCAAAUGUGAUGCCACCUUCAUUGAAGGAACCUGAUUAGCGUCUCAUUUACAUUCACUAUAAAUUUCCAUGGUCAGCGAGCUGUUAGCCGUUGCAUUAGGGUACUCGAAAUUGUGGCAGCUAACUGAUAACAUUUAAUGUAUAAAACAUUCAAAUUUAUCUAGUGCGUUGACUGGGGAAGGUCAGAGCUUUGCUUGCCAAACCCAGCAUGGGGCCAAAGAGAGGGAGGGAGACUAGGGGCCAUUAUCAUCUCUAACAAAAGAGUAGAGAUAAUGUGGACAUGAUUUAGCUCUUGCAGACUAGCUGAACUGGCACUGUUGCGUGCCUUGACCAGGGAAACAAAACUAAACUGGACCAGUGAAAUUUCCAUAUUCAUAUAAGGCGAUCAGAAUGACAUGAGAGAGCAGCUGCAUUUUGAUUGGUCAGACUCUUUACUGCAGUACAGUAGAUGUUUGCUUUGUAUGUAGACAAAUUGCUGAGGCCUAAAUUCACUAUAUUUCACAGAUUUCGAGCUUCUUUCUACAUAACCACUGAAGUACAGGUAGCUGGCAGGUGAUAUGCCUUUGUGAAUGUACCUAAACCUCAUCUUCUCUAAUUAUUUGUAAGAUUGAAUUAGUUUUCAGUCAAAAUGUCUUCUAUAAAAUGUGACAAUGUAGCGACAUCUGCUGGAACGUUUUGAAACAGACGGCUGAAUGAUUUUUUUUUUUUUUUAUCACCACUUCCUUUAGAUGUUUCACUCUAAUGUAGAGUAUCUAGAUGUAUCACUUCUUUUGCAGUGUUUGACAGAUAUAAUAGCAGAAUUCCCCCUAGACUCUUUGUAAAAAUAUGCCAAAAAAAUGCACUUACUUGACCUUGUACUGAACAUGAACUCAGACAAUCAUUUCUAUAUCCAAACACGUUGCCAAAAUGAAAGAAUGUAUUUCUAUAUUUAGAAACGUAAUUACCAUAGUUCUGUCUCUAUCAGAGACCCAAAGAUUUUUAUUUUGUAAACAUGCCAUUUUACACAUUUUAUGGCUUUAUAAAUAUUUUUUGUUGAGAAUAAAAGACCCGUUGUGGAGCAAAAGCCUAUCACAAAACCUCAGAGGAACCUAUUUGUAUACUUUUUUUUUUUUCCUCAACAUGUCCAUCAGAGUAAGUGCUAUGUGUAAUGAAGAAGUGAAGAGAAAUAUUUGAAACCCUUUGAAGUGCGAUGUAGAUCGUAUGCCUCGUAUUUUGCACAGUGUAUAUAUUUUUACAAUAUACAUUUUUAUACAAAUGUAUUUGUGCAACUGUAAAUAUUUUUGAGGUUAUCUUUGUACAUAUCUUUAUUGUAUAUACAGCCUUUUAUCAUUAAAAUGUUUCUGUAUUUGAAAUCACUGAAAUGACUUGUUUGGCCCUCCAAAGCACAGAACCAUGUUCCAGCUCUGCGUUAUGAUCCAAAGCAAGCUGACAACACAAUAAAUAAACUUAACAUUUGACAUUUUA